UUUUUUCUCCUUUGCAGAUUAUUCAGCUAACAAGCCAGGGGAUCAUCGUUGGCGGCGUAGCCAGCGACGGAUCAGAGUCAAUUGGUGGAAUAGGAGCGGGAGGAGGAGACGGAGGAGGAGUUGCUGGUGCUGGUGCUGGAGUGGGCAGUGGAAGUCCACAGCACAAAUUGCUGGGCAUUGGGGAUAGUACGAGCGGCGCUGGCGCCGUCAAACUGCGCAAGCACAGCGAACGUUCAACGCCGGACGCCAAGACGCACGCCUCCUAUCGCAUCUCCAUGGCCAAUCUGGAGGAUACACAAGAGUCCGAACUGGAUCUGAUACUCGGCGAGCUGAGCUUGCUCGAGGCGCAGAUUAGCUACGGCGAGGCGAGCUUUUUGCCUGGCGUCGCCGCUGGCCAAGGGCCAGGCGCUGCAGGUGGUGCGGGUGUGGCCUCACCUCCGCCACCGCCGCCGCCGGCACUGGCCUCCGUUUCAGCGGCCUCGUCGCGCACACACUCACGCACAAAUAGCAGCAUAUCCGGGGAUGUGAGCACCACAUCGUCCUCGUCGGGCAUAUCCGAGAAUGGCAAUGGGACUGCUGGCAUGGUGGCCGGUGGUGCUGGUGGUGGCGUUGUCAUCGGCGGACUCUCCGCUGGCCACAUGACCAUGGGAAUCACGCUGGGCGUUGUCACGCCCCGUGAGCCACGCACCGAGUCGCCCGACAACGAUUCGGCCUUCAGUGACACCGUUUCGCUGCUCUCCAGCGAGUCGUCCGCCUCGUCCAACACCUCGCUGCAGCAGCAGCAGCAGCAACAACAACAGCAGCAGCAGCAGCAACAGUUGCUGCUGCAACAACAGAAACUGCACCUGCAGCAGCAGCAACAGCUGCAUCAGCAUCCGCUGCAGUCCUCGACGAAGGCGGCCAAGAUUCAGCUGGCCCUGCACAAGCUGGAGAGCGCGCCCAUCCGGCGCCUCUUCGUGAAGGCCUUCACGGCGGACGGGGCAUCCAAGUCGCUGCUGGUGGAUGAGCGCAUGGGCUGCGGCCUUGUGACGCGCCUGCUGGCGGACAAGAAUCAUGUCCAGAUGCAGCCGACGUGGGCGCUGAUCGAGCACCUGGGCGACCUGCAAAUGGAGCGCCUGUUUGAGGAUCACGAGCUACUGGUGGAUAAUCUGAUGACGUGGAACUCGGAUGCGGGCAAUCGCGUGCUCUUCCAGCAGCGGCCGGACAAGGUGGCGCUCUAUCAGCGGCCGGAGCUGUAUUUGCCGGGGCCACAGAUGGCGCCGGGCUGCCAGCAUGACGAGCAGACGCGUCACAUGCUGCUGGAGGAGUUCUUUGAGACGCAGGCCCAGCUGCAGCUGGACGGGCCGCUCUACAUGAAGGCCGAUCCGAAGAAGGCCUGGAAGCGUCAUCAUUUCGUCCUGCGCCCCUCCGGCCUCUACUACUUCCCCAAGGAGAAGACGAAGAACACACGCGAUCUCGCCUGCCUGACCGUCUUCAGCGGCCACAACGUCUACACGGGCAUCAACUGGCGCAAGAAGUAUAAAUCGCCAACGGACUUCACGUUCGGCUUCAAGGCCGCCAACGACUCGUCGCUGGGCAAAUCGUGCCGUUCCCUGAAAAUGCUGUGCGCCGAGGAUGGGGCCACGCUGGAUCGCUGGCUGACGGCCAUACGGAUCUGUAAAUAUGGCAAGCAGCUGUGGCACAGCCACAAGCUGCUCAUGGAGGAGCUGUGCUCGGGCAGCGCCGGCGGCACUGCGUCCGGUGUUGGCGGCAGCUUUGCCGCCUCGAUGCGCAGCGAGUCGAUAAGCAGCAUCUCGUCGGCGGUGCCAUCGCAAUGUGGCAGCGUCUCCUCGGCCAUUAGCAGCAUGUCGAACUCGAGCAGCGGCCGCAUCUCGCGCGCCUCCAGCUCCAGCUCCAGCGGCUGCCUGUCGGAUGAGAACAAUGCCUUCGACUCGGAGUUCACCACCGGCACCAUAAAGCGCAAGCCCUCCAUGAAGCCCAAUCUGCCGCUAACCACAAUGACGCGCCAGCUGAAGGAGGUGGGUGAGAUUACGACCGGACCGGUUGCCGUGGCCACGGCAGCAGCAGGCGCUGGCGGUGGCGGCGGCGGCGGCGACUCGUCUGCCUCGCCAGAGCGCAGCGGCACGCUGACCCGCCGGCACAGUCGCCGCAAAUCGCAGGAGAGCAACGGCAGCAGUGGUGGCACGCUGAAGCGUCGCCCGGUGGUGCCGGUGAAUGCGUCCGUGAAGCGGGAUGUGAUUGCAUCCGUGUCGGGGUCAAUGGCAAACGAUGGCAAUUCGUCGUCAUCAUCGAAUUCGACGCCGACGCCAACGCCCAGCAUUUGUGCCAAGCCGCCGCCGGGACUGAGCGAUGUGGAGCUGAUGUGCUCAUCGACAUUGUCGUUGGACUCGCUGCCGCCACCGCCGCCGCCACCCGCUCUGCAUGCCGACGAACAGGAUGUGUAUGGGUCGCAGCUGUCGUUGGCCUCGCUGCCGCCACCGCCGCCGCCCGAGGAGGUGCUCGCCUAUGCGGAGCCCACCUCACCACUGACGCCCACGCCCAUGUCCAUGGCCAUGGCCAUGUCGAUGGGCAUGGUGAUGCCCAACAGCAAUGGCACACUGCCGCCGGCGGUGCCCGCCAAGCCCAUCAAGCCAGCUGUGAAGCAGACACUGAAGGCAGCGCCGCCCUACAAGGCACCGCCCGACUACGUGGGACCAGCUGCCGCCCAGUUGCCGCCGCCGCCGCCGCCCGUUCAGAAGAAGGUCUCCUUUGCCGACUCGCCGGUGCUGCUGCGUCGCAAGAUGUGCUCCCCGGAGCCCCAGCUGCCCAUGCGCUCGCCCAGCACAACGCUCAGCAGUGGGUCGGGCAGCAGCAUUGGCUAUCCGUCGCAGUCGCAUUCGCAGCCGAUAUACUCGCCCGGUCCGCUGUUGCCGCCGCGCAGUGAUCUGUCCCGGCUGUCCGGCUGCAGUCAGAAUGGCAGCGAUGUGGUCACAUCGCCGAAGCGCCUGCAAGAGUCUGCAUCGAAUCCGCCGCGCGACUUCCUCAAGGAUCUGCAGCGUGUGAUGCGCAAGAAGUGGCAGGUGGCACAGAAAUGCAAACUGGAGCCGGCGACCACGCCGCACGAGGUGCUCGGCUUCCGUGACUUCAACAAUGAGGAUCUCCUGGCGGCCCACAAUCUGAACUCGGGCGCCAACAGCUCGCACUACUAUCGCGAGACGGCGAACGUGAGCCACUGGGUGCAAGAGCACUACGAGUAUGCCCACAACGAGUACGCGCUCUACGAGAACGUGCAUGCCCAGAGCAAUGGGGCGGCCGCAACGGCAAUGGGCGGAGCUGGAGCCACUAUGCUGGAUGCAGCUGGUCCGCCGCCAGUGCCGCCGCCAGCCGCUGUGGCCGAUGCAGCGGCGGCGUUGCGCAAAAAGCGUCCGCCGCCGCCGCCACCAAAACGCAGUGAUUCGACGCAUCUAACGCAUCGUGUCUAGAGUUAGCUCCAAGGCACUGUCCACUAUUGGCGUCUGUCUGCUGGAUUCAAUGAUCCUGCAACAACAACAACAACAACAACAAUAUCUAUGUGUCUAAACUUAAGUGCAAAAACAAAUUCCUAACUAUGAGCAAGAGAGAAA